AUGCCUCAAUCAGCCCUUCUUCUCGGUUCCGGCUUCGUUGCCACUCCCGCCGUCGAGGUCCUCUCCAAGGCCGGUGUUCACGUCACUGUUGCUUGCCGUACUCUCGCUUCGGCCAAGAACCUCGCCGGUACUUUCGACAACACCAAGGCCGUCAGCCUCGACGUUAACGAUUCCGCCGCUCUCGAGAAAGCCGUCUCUGAGCACGACAUCACCAUUUCUCUAAUCCCUUACACUUUCCACGCUGCCGUUAUCAAGGCCGCUAUCAAGGCUAAGAAGAAUGUCGUCACCACCUCUUACGUCUCCCCUGCUAUGGAGGAGCUCCACGAGGAGGCCAAGGCCGCUGGUAUCACCGUCCUGAACGAGAUUGGUGUUGACCCUGGUGUCGACCACCUUUACGCCGUUGACUUCAUCGACCGUAUCCAACAGGAGGGAGGCAAGAUCAAGUCCUUCAAGAGCUACUGCGGUGGUCUUCCCGCCCCUGAGAACUCCAACAACCCCCUAGGAUACAAGUUCAGCUGGAGCAGCCGCGGUGUCCUUCUGGCCCUCAAGAACAAUGCCAAGUACUACGAAGACAACAAGCUGGUUGACAUCUCCGGUGUCGACCUCAUGAGCACCGCUCAGCCUUACCACAGUGGAUACUUGGGAUUCAACUUUGUCGCCUACGGCAACCGAGACAGCACCGGUUACCGCGAGCGAUACCGAAUCCCCGAUGCCGAGACCGUCGUCCGAGGAACCAUGCGUUACAACGGCUUCCCUCAAUUCGUCAAGGCUCUUGUCGACAUUGGUUUCCUCAGCACCGACGAUCAGGACUUCUUCAAGCAGUCCAUCCCCUGGAAGGACGCUCUCCAGAAGUUCAUUGGUGCCAACUCAUCAAGCGAGGAAGACCUGACCAAGGCUGUCCUCUCCAAGACCUCAUUCAAGGACGAGUCUGUUAAGAACCAAGUGCUGGCUGGACUCAAGUGGAUCGGCGUCUUCUCCGAUGUCAAGACCACCCCCCGCGGAACCGCUCUCGACACCCUUUGCGCUUCUCUUGAGCAGAAGAUGGCUUACGAGAAGGGCGAGCGUGACAUUGUCUUCCUCCAACACACUUUCGAGGUCAUCAACAAGGACGGCAGCCAGAACACCUGGACAUCCACUCUCGUUGAGUACGGUGCUCCUGAGGGCUCCGGUGGUUUCUCCGCCAUGUCCAGACUGGUCGGAGUUCCUUGCGGUGUUGCCACCAAGAUGGUCCUCGACGGCACCAUCACUGACAAGGGUGUUGUCGCCCCUGUGUACCCCAGCCUUGCCCGAACAUUGAUGAACGAGCUCAAGAACAACUACGGUAUUGAGUGCAAGGAGAAGAUCAUUGCUUAA